AUGUCCGCGCUACAACCCGAUGCCUCAACGGCGAUCGAUCGCACCGUGACUGCGCCCUUUCUCUUGCGACUCUUCUGGCGCCUCGACAAGCAGCUUGAACCGCAUGAAUUCAGCGUUGCACCACCAGCCGACACAACAGGCAUUGUCGACUACUCCGCGCUCCUCCCAUCCCACAUCAAGCAGCAGACAAUGCAGAUCUACACAUGGCCCAACUGCACCCUCGCUGAGCUUAGCACGCUCACCACAAGUGUCCUUCCGGCCAGCUUGAAUGCCAACCGCGUAAACACUCGAUUGGUGUUCAAACUCAUCUUCCCCGACACACGCGCCACCGUAUCUGAGGGUGGACGCGGCAAGUGGAUCGAUAAGCCUCUUGGAAGCGUGAUCAUUGGUGGCAACGAUGCCCAGAUGGAGGGCGACGCAGCAGAGAACGGCGUUAACAUGGAGGGAGAUGCAAAGAGAACGCUGGCGGAUGCGCGAUUUGUGAUUGGCGACUACGUGGCCUGCUCAAUCUACCCACCCAAUGCAGAUGGUAGCGUGGCGCCCCUUCCUUCUCGGGGUCCACCGCGUGACGGGGGAUUCGGCGGUCCGAGGGGUCCACCGCGGGAGAACGGGUAUGGAGGAGGCUAUGGGCGGGGUGGAGGUGGAGGCGGCUACAGGGGCGGCUAUGGGGGAAGAGGUGGAGGUUAUGGAGGCGGUGGAUUCGGCGGACCACCUCCCCCACCUGCCGGUGACUGGAGGAGGGGCGAGAGACCACCAGGAGGUUAUGAGGGCGGACGCGGCGGCCGUGAUCGAGGUGGACGCCCCUAUUAG